CCGUUCGUUGCCCGCCAUUUUGACCAAAAAUUCCUUUUAUUUUUGACAUUUGUCAAAUUAUCAUCAAUCAAUUUUGUGGCGUUGAAUUCAGUUGAAUUAAUAAUUUUUGCACGUGCCUGAGAUAAAGUUUUAAAAAGAAAAAAAGCCAAAAGGAACACCAAACAAUUGAUUAACAAUGGUGGCGCAAACAAAGGUGUUCGUGGGAAGAUUACCCGAAGAUGCCAAACCGGAGGACCUACGGAAGCUGUUCGAGCGCUUCGGGGUGGUCACGGAAUGCGACAUCAUGAACAGAUGCGGCUUCGUUCACAUGGAGACAGAAGAGCAAGCCGCCGCCGCCAUUCGCGAUCUGCACAACACUACAUUCAAUGGUGGUGUGAUUACAGUGGAAAGGGGAAGGAUCAAGGAAAGAGGCCAGCGCGGAGGCGGUCGUGGCAUGCGCGGGGGUAUGCGAGGCGGUAUGGACCGUCGGGGCGGCAUGCGCGGUGGCAUGCGGGAUGCUCCGUACCCCAUGCGCGAUCGCGGGAUGGGGGGCCCCAUGCGUGACCGAGGGAUGGGACACAUGAGGAACUCUGCUCCGUAUGACAGAAGCAUGGACCGUGCACCGAUGGGCGGCGCUACGGGCUAUGAUGAUAGAUACAAUGGUUACGGAGGCGAGGAUCGCCGAGGUUUCGCUCUGAUGGACAACCGUGGUGCUAGAGACCCGUACGCUGCCCCUCCACCCAUGUACGCAGAUGAUAGACAGAGCUAUGGGGCCCCCGUGGACAACAUGUACCCUGAUGAAAGGGACAUGAUGGAGCGACGGGCCCCCAUGCGGAGUGCCCCUAUGACCAUGUCAUCCGGCUACGAUAGGGCUCCACCACGGGCAGCGCCCAUGACCACUGAUAUGUACAGCAGGAGGUCGGACCAAACUAUGUGGGGUGGAGCGGCGGCUGCGGGGAGCUAUGAGCGCGACCCGUACGCUCAGCAGUACCCCAAUGCGGGCAGGUGGUGAGGCGUUGGGUGACGACACGCGGCGACGGCGAUGGUGACGGCGAGCGGCGCUACUAGCGACAUGACGUCAUCUCCACGGCCGGCCAGGCGAACCGGCCCAUUCCGGUACCGGUACCGGUCCGGCCCGAAUUUGAUUUGAUGCGUCAUCUUACUCGCGCGCGUGCCUAGUUUCCACAACUGCCACGUUUGUCUUCUUUACAUGUAUUAAAAUCGAUUGCGAUAUUGUUCAAUUUUUAGUAAACGACAAUUGGAAGAAAUCAAAUACAAUCCAUUAACUGUCAUUACUUUUUAUGACGUAUCCCCCUAGUAGUCUACGAUUAGAUUUAUAAUAAGCGACCGCGAUUAAUUGAUAAGUCUUUUCCAAUGUAACAAUAUUAUGGUUUAUUAGGGUAAAUGCAUAUUUUUUUUUACUUAUAUUAGAUUAAAAUUCAUUUUGGAAAA